AUGGUGCAGAAUGCGACCUCAGAGAAAACUGGCCAAAGCGGACAGAAAGAGACGGGAAGAGGAACACAACCUAUUGCACCCAGGAGAGCAAUGGACCAGAGAGGGGGAAGAGGGAAAAAGAUUGUAAAUGAGGACACUGUUGAGGAACUCUACAAACAGUGCACUUCUUUGGACAGGACGCCAUUUAGAACGGCGGAUCGCAGCGGGAGUCCUUCACACGACAACAGAGGCGAUGCGGCACAUUCUCUUCAUGGAAGCCAUGAGGCGAAGGAGAUUGGUUACGACGGUGAUAACGGACCGCCGGGUCAUAUUAAGGUCAAGAAAAAUUGGGAGCUUGUCGCUCAAGGUGCCAGAGGCACCCCAGCAACUUGGAGAAGGGUGGACAGAGAUGGGAGGUCUUCCAGCUCGCUUCAUUUGAGCAGGAGAACGGGGAGUGCGGAGGGCCAGAUGGGCACUAGGCCCAACAGCGAUGGCUCCUUGAAGAUGUGA